AUGGGAAAUUGCUGUGCUACCCCUGCAGUAACAGGCGAAGACACAACCAACAAAAAAACCAAAAAGCCCAAAAAGGAGAAUCCCUUCGCAAUCGAUUACGGCUUCAACAACAAAACCUCGAGCUCAAAACUCACCGUUUUGAAGGAUCCAACCGGCCGGGAAAUCGAAGUCCGUUACGAGCUCGGUCGCGAGCUCGGUCGAGGUGAAUUCGGGGUAACGUAUCUUUGCACAGACAAAGAAACCGGAGAGGAGCUAGCGUGUAAGUCGAUCUCGAAGAAGAAGCUUAGAACUGCUAUUGAUAUCGAAGAUGUUAGGAGAGAAGUUGAAAUCAUGAAGCAUAUGCCAAAGCAUGGUAAUAUUGUUACGUUGAAGGAUACUUAUGAGGAUGAUAAUGCUGUGCAUCUUGUUAUGGAGCUUUGUGAAGGUGGAGAGCUUUUUGAUCGGAUUGUUGCCCGGGGGCAUUAUACUGAACGCGCCGCCGCGGCGGUUACGAAAACUAUUGUUGAAGUUGUUCAGAUGUGCCAUAAACAUGGUGUGAUGCAUAGAGAUCUCAAGCCGGAGAACUUUUUGUUUGCGAAUAAGAAGGAAACAGCAGCUUUGAAAGCUAUAGAUUUUGGUUUGUCGGUGUUUUUUAAACCAGGUGAAAAAUUUAAUGAGAUAGUUGGAAGUCCAUAUUAUAUGGCUCCUGAGGUGUUGAAGAGAAAUUAUGGCCCAGAAGUAGAUAUCUGGAGUGCUGGAGUUAUUUUAUACAUCUUACUUUGUGGUGUUCCUCCAUUUUGGGCAGAAACUGAGCAAGGGGUUGCACAAGCAAUUAUACGAUCUGUUGUUGAUUUCAAAAGGGACCCAUGGCCAAAAGUUUCGGAUAAUGCAAAAGAUCUUGUGAAGAAGAUGCUAAAUCCUGACCCAAAGCGGCGACUUACUGCACAAGAAGUGUUAGAUCAUCCAUGGUUAAUAAAUGCAAAGAAAGCACCCAACGUUUCAUUAGGAGAAACAGUUAGAGCAAGGCUAAAGCAGUUUUCCGUAAUGAACAAGCUCAAGAAAAGAGCUUUGAGGGUUAUUGCCGAGCAUUUGUCGGUAGAAGAAGCAGCGGGACUAAAAGAGGGAUUCAAGCUUAUGGAUACAAGUAACAAAGGAAAGAUCAACUUCGAUGAACUACGGGUAGGCUUGCACAAACUAGGCCAUCAAAUUCCAGACGCUGAUGUCCAAAUUCUUAUGGAAGCUGGUGAUGUUGACAGAGACGGGUACCUAGAUUACGGGGAGUAUGUUGCCAUUUCAGUUCAUUUGAGAAAGAUGGGAAAUGAUGAACAUCUUCACAAAGCCUUUGAAUUCUUUGAUCAAAACCAAACUGGGUAUAUUGAGAUUGAGGAGCUUCGCAAUGCAUUAUCCGAUGAAAUUGAAGAAACAAACAGUGAAGAGGUCAUUAGUGCAAUUAUGCAUGACGUGGACACGGAUAAGGACGGAAAGAUAAGUUAUGAAGAAUUUGCAAACAUGAUGAAGGCCGGAACAGAUUGGAGAAAGGCAUCAAGGCAGUAUUCGCGAGAGAGGUUUAACAGUCUGAGCCUGAAAUUGAUGAAGGAUGGGUCAUUACAAUUAAACAACGAAAAACAAUGA